AAAGACGUCAAUUUUGACCGACUCUGAAUUAUCCGCGUUAUUUUUCUGUUCGCAAAGUGGAAUAAUUUUGCUGAAAAAUUCUGGGGGAGGUGCGAACGAUAAACCAAAGAAACAGUCUUAUCUGUCUUAAUUUCUACGAUUUUUUACUUGAAGCGAUCGAUACUCAAUUCAGACAUAGUUUUGAGUAAAGUCAAGCAGAAACGUUUUCACAUCCUCCGCCUUGAACUAACGGUUAAUUAAAUAAAAAACAAGCUCACAGGACAAAAUUAAAAAAACCACCAGCAACCUGACAAGUUUUUGAUUGGCCCAAAAGACAUUUAACCAUCAAACAUCAUGGCGCAUCUGGGACGCUCUGUCAAAAAUGUCGAAGCUCCGCGACCCUUAAAAUCACAAUCUCGUUCGUCCCUUAAGAACAAUUAUAUGCUCAUUGAGGAGCUUAUGCAGUUGAUAGAAAAUGUAGCGAUUUCAUUACAAUCGGGCAUUAAUAAUACAGAGCCAAUGGCUACGCUGGUACAAAAUCUUCGUAUUCAUGGUCCCCAAUUGGAGACGGUCUCAAAGGAUACAUUGGAUCGGGCAUUUGUUGUAUUCCGUAAUGCGUCGCAGGACGAACGCUUAAAUAUUAUGACUCGUCUUAAUUUGCUCGAAUUGAUUGAAUUGAGGGCCAAAGGAUGGGAAGACAGCGGCAUCAAUGCCUAUUACAAGACUAAGCAGGCCACGAAUGCUGAGUUAAAUGAUGUCCAGAAUCAUGUUGAUCCAACCCAAACAGCAUUUUUAAGCACCUCCCCCACAUUUGGUGGUAUGAACGCUGGGAAUGCUGCUGCAGCUGCCGCUGCGAUUGCCUCAGUCGGUUCCGCUAAUCAACAACAUCUACUCUUGAGUCCUGGCGAAGUUAUACGUAAUUCCGGCAAGUUUCCCAAACCAACUAAAAUUCCUGGCAAAACCUAUUGCAAGGAUGAGGUUGUGAUACGAAAUGCAGAUUCGGGAAAAGUAAUGGGUAUCAAAGGUCGACGUGUCCAUAUGAUUGAGGAACUCAGUGAAACAAUCAUAUCAUUCCAAAGAGUCAAUCCUGGAGCCAAGGAGCGUUUGGUACAAAUUACUGGUCCGGCUGAGGACAAAAUAAAUUAUGCCAAGCAGUUGAUCGAGGACACUAUACGUCGUAAUGCCUCUCCGGUACGUUUGGAUCCGAAUAUGGGCAGCCAUGCCGGCGGUGGUGGUUCCUGUUCCUCUUUGGCUUCCUCUAAUUCCGAUGAAGCAGUCCAAACACGAACGCCAGUGUCAAGCAACCUAGCUAAUCGAUUAAGUUUCAAUUCGGCCCAAAACUUUAUGACUGCUGCUGCUGCAUCCCAACAGAUGGUUCAACAACAACUCGCAAAUGUUCAGGCUUUGAGCUCUUCAACACCCGUAGCAAAUACUGCUGCAGUUGCUGGUAAACAGAUUCGUCCACAUACGCAAAUGUUGUUGCAUUCAUAUUCAACAAAUGAUGCUUCUUUAGGUGAAUACAAGUUCACUUGUAACGUUGGUCAACAUGUGAUUAAGAUCACUGGCGACUGCUGCGAUCUAGUGCGGGUAGCCAAACUGGUUUUGGAUGAUUAUUUUAGCAGUGCAGAAUUCUUAGCUUCUAUGGAGGCUGGGGCAGCUUUUGAUGGUUCUAUGACCAGUCCUAUUUCCACACCAACCACACCAAUGACUGGUGCUCCUCAAUUUAUGAUGGGUACACCAUUACAUGCUACGCCUCCACUAGCUACAGAUAGUGGUAUUGGUCUCAAUUAUAUAUCCUCCGCCAACAGCAAUAAUAAUCAAGAUGGCGAUGAUGAUGUUUUUGUUGAUGGUAAUAAUCUAAGCAAAUCAGCUUCCCAAAGCAAUGGUUUGGCUCGAUCUCGUAGAAGCCAUUUCUCACGUAAGGAUUCCACUCCCGAAGCACCAGUCCCUGCAGCCACACAAAUCGUCAGGCAAAAAAGUGAAGUUGGCAUUGCUGCCAAUAAUAAUGUCGCAACCACACGAAUCGUCCAUCAAAAUGAGCAUUUGCUUUAUUAUGCUAAAAGUCCUCAUUCCUGGGCAUUGCCAAACGAAUGGCAGAGAAUUUGCGAAAAAUUUCCGGCUAUCGUACGUAAUAAGGACCUGCAGGAUGAAACUAAUCGGUUCGAUGGUGAGAAAUAUUUGGAAUUGGUCAAGUCAUCCAGUAAGCGGAACAUAGCAGCUAUCGAUGAUGCCACAGCUGACACGGAUGUACAAGAAAACGAAUAACUCAAAAAGAAACUGAAAAAAAAAACUAAAUAAAUAUCACACUCCCUUUUACAAAACCAAAUUAAACAAAAAUUUAUAUUUUCGUAAAGGUGCGAAAAUAGCGCGAAUUAAACUCUCCCAUCCUUCUUUUUGAAUUGUUUUAAAUGCCUUAAAAGUUUAGAGGAAGACAAAAAGAAUAGUAACUAAAGAAAACAAAACGAAACGUGUUGCAAUAACAAAGCAAAUGAACUUAACAAAUUUAUUAAAAAAUAGUAUUUAUUUAAGAUUUAUGUAUACAAAGAAUUUACGAAACGAAAUAUUUAAUAUAACGACAAACGUUUUGUAAUGAAAUUACUUUUUGCAAAAAAGCGAA